AUGGAAACCGUCAACUCCUGGACCGUCAAGUACGACCCCCUGUUGAACCAGCACUACUACUAUAACGAGAGCGAAGACAUCGUGUCGUUCGACUCGCCCUGUGAGGUCAAGCGCCUGACCCCCAAACCCCAGUCCCCCAAGCAUAAGUUGAUGCUGCUCUUGAAAAGAACCAGCAGCUGCUCCAAAUGCAAGAAGUCGAGGUCCAACGUGAUGGCUCGGCUCGGGUCGGCGUUCGUGCCUGCCAAGUCGGACCCUCAGGAAAACCCGCUCCCUUCGUUGUCGUCCUCGGUGUCCAACUCCACCACCGACUCGGCCGAGCCUGCGGAAAAUUUGCAUCAUUUCCACACCAACCAGACGUUGGGAGGUUUGGAUGAUGAGUUCUUGAUCAACAACGUCCACGACUUCCGCAACUUUGCAGGCACUUCAUUCAAGCCCGAAUACGAGUCGGCUGCCGACUCCUACAGCAUCGACUCGAUGUCGUCAGAAGAAGAGUCCAUCACCUCAUUCAGCGAGGACAACUACGCGUACGUGCGCAACCUAGACCACAAAAACAGCAACAGCUACUCCUACAACGACUACCACUACUACUACGACGACCAGCCAGACUUGGACAAGUCGAUGUCCGACAUGGAGUCGGAAAGGAGGGAACUCCGCAUGCAGAUCAUGAAAGAGUUGGAUUACUAG